AUGUUGCUUUUCCAUUCCAUUUACGCAUUGAUCUCGAGAUUUGCCAGGGAGCACUCAAUUACCAUAGAUGAUGCGCCCAUGCCCGUGGCCCUAGGCUGCUUUGCUGGGCUUUUGCAAAAAUCGAACAAGCCUGUUCACAGACGAUGCAUCCAAGCACCACACCAGGUCAUCGCUCAAUUUCUCGAUGCUGAAGUAAGCACACUGGGUCAAGGUUGGUCAGAAGAUCAGAUCAUGUGCUUCCUUGCCAGGAAAAUUACUUGGGCAUGGAAACGCUUGCGGUCACCACUACCACCUGGAGCUUGGAGGAAGGUGAUUCUUUUGUCUCAACCUGCAGAGCUGGACGACAGAGUUCAGACAUGCAUGGCUCUGGCAGUUGUCUCGCUCGUCCGCUCUUGCGAGUUUGGUGUGCCAAAGGCUCAAGCUGUCCGUCAAGUUCCCAUCAUCCUCAACAGACUUUCGGCAGCUUCCAGCUACAUCUUCUCCACGAGUCCAGGGCUACCUUAA